UACAACAGCACAUAUUAAUGUUCUUUAUAAGUUACCUACUUCUUUGUAUUCGAAGGUCUUUAAUUUGAGUCUAAAGUGUAUAGCAUUAUGAUCUCUUCAUACUCAAAUUUUCUUAAAUCUCUUACGAUGAACGUUCUUAUGGUUCUCGUUGUGUUUGCCAUGAGUUGUCGUUCGGUGACACCCCGGGGCAAUGACAAGGGUUUUCAGCGUCCGGCGAUAUAUAUCCUUGGAGAUUCUUUAGUUGAUGCUGGUAACAAUAACUAUAUUGAUCAUACUAUGUUUACUAGAAACAAUUUCCGCCCUUACGGAAUUAAUUUUCCACGCGGGAAACCUUGGACCGGACGUUAUACCAAUGGAAGAACACUCGUUGACAUAGUAGGAGAAAUGUUUGGCGUGAAAGACUAUAUUCGUGCUUUCUUAGAUCCAGCAACGGUUGGCGAUGUCGUUCUUCAUGGAGUCAAUUAUGCGUCUGGUGGUGGCGGAAUUCUUAAUGAAACUGGCAUGAUCUUAGGUAAUCGAAUAAACAUGGAUGCACAACUCGAUAACUUCGCAAAUACAAAGAACUACAUAAUCUCCAAGUUUGGUGAUUGUGGUUCAAAGAAAUUUCUUGCGAAAUCUCUUUUCGUUGUUGUAAUGGGAUCCAAUGAUUUCAUUGACAACUAUUACAUUCCAUUUCUCUCAAAACCGGAGCAAAAGAUGCUAACCCCGGCAAUGUUUAUCGACAAACUAAUCUCAAGAUUCAGACUUCAACUAACAAGAUUAUAUGAAAUGGGUGCAAGAAAGGUUGCAGUUGCAAAUGUUGGACCUGUUGGUUGCAUUCCCUUAGAAAGAGCUAUAAAUAGAAUUUUGAAUGCCACAGAAUGGCAUGCGAAGGAUGAUGCGUGCAUUAGUGAAAUGAAUGAUGCAGCAAUGUUAUUCAACAAGAAAUUGAAGAGCCUAGUGAUGGAGUUCAACUCAAAAAAUUUGGAAUCUAAAUUCCUAUAUGUAGAUAUUUAUGGAGUUUUUACUGAUGUUAUCGAUAACUAUCAAUCUUACGGCUUUGAGAAUUAUAGAGAUUCAUGUUGCCAAACGCUUCCCGAUCCAUUACGAGGUUUGUUAGCGUGCAAUGCAAAGGGAGAGGUUUGUGCAGACCGAUCCAAGUAUGUAUUUUGGGAUGAGGCUCAUCCAACUGAUGCUACAUAUUACAUUUUUGCAAAGAAGUUGCUGGAGCGCGAUUCUAAAUACGUAUUCCCAUACACUAUUCAACAACUCUACUACACGUGAGCCAUUGACUCAGUAAUUGCAGUACUUGUUGCUGACAACUUCGGGGUUCAAUUCUUUCUUUGGCUCUGUGGAACCAAACAUGGUGGGAUGAUCCCCCAAGUUUAUGGACACUAUUCUAGCUAUUUUUAAAUGUUUGUAACAUUUCGUUUUACGCUGAUUCUUUGGUGGGCUCUAUUAUAGGUAGCUAUAUUAAGGUUUCCGAGUGGUAUUAUGUAUAUAAAGAGAAGAGUUGAAUGUAACU